UGAGCCCACGCUACCUGAAGUUGUCUGGGGCGGGCUCCUUGUAUAUAUGUCAAUGGCCGGGCUAGUAGCGACCUAGCGGCUAGUUGUCAUGCUGACUAAUGUAGUUAUGUGGUUAGGAGUUAACUAGUGAGCUUUACAGGAGUGCUACCGGACACAUGGACCCGGUUCACAGAGCGCUGCUGCGGACACACCGGCUGGACUUGUCCGGGCAGCUGCUGGUCAGUGACGCCAUCGUUCCGUUUCUGUACCAGGAGAACGUUCUAACGGACGCGCACGUGGAGGCCAUCGAGGCUCAGCCGACCAAUCGGCAGAAGGCUCUGAAGCUGCUCGAGCUGCUGCCGAGCCGCGGGCCGCGCGCCUUCCCCGCCUUCCUGCGGUCUCUGGACGACUUCAGCUGGGUCCGAGACCGGCUGCUGCUGGAGCUCGAUACCGGACCAGGACCAGGACCAGGACCAGGACAGACAGACGCGCGGAGGCUUCCCGACUCGGUACUCCAGAAGGUCCCAUCGGACCGGGACCUGUCCCGGCUGGCGGCCCGGCUGGGCCCUGCGUGGGACGUGGUCCUGAUGGAUCUGGGUCUGUCUGCGGAGGACUUGUUCCGGUGCCGGUCCGAUAACCCGCUGAGCACCCACGCCGCGGUUCUGGCCGGUCUGGUCCAGUGGAGACGCUGCCAGGGCCGCGGAGCCACGGUCCAGAGACUGAUGCAGAGUCUGGAGGCAGCAGACCUCCAUCACUCUGUUCUGGAGGAAGUCCUCAUGUCCUGAUACACACAGCAGUGUUAAUUUCGUCAGACGAGACGAGACUAAAUAUGUUCGUCAACGAACUUUGUUUCCAUGACUACUGAGACGAGACAAUGACGAGACUGCGCCGAUGUCCAAAAACGCUGACUAAGACUAAACUAACGUGCGUUAUUGUUGAAGAAAAAAGACGAGACUAAAAUGUUUUGCAUAAAAUAAAAACUAAGAUAAAAUCUCUCUU